GUCGCUGUCUGCGUCUGGAUCUGGAUCUUGCCGGGUCUUGCUUGGAACCCGCCCCUCUCGAGAUCCCCAAGCCCAUCGCCGCCCUACCAGCGUCAGUCAAAUCAUGACUAUUCCCCGGGUCAUCCUGCGCGGGGCCGUGUCGGCCAGCGGCCGGACCUUUGCUACACAAUCGACCAGUGCAGACGCCAACACUGCCCGCUACUGCUCUGAUUUGGUCCGAAGAUACGACUACGAUCAUUAUCUGGCCUCGAUAUUUGUUCCUGCGCAAGCCCGCGAGGCAUACUGGGCGAUCCGAUCGCUCAACAUCGAGCUAUCUCUGGUUCACGAGAAUGUCAAGGAGAUUGCUAUCCGCAAGAUGAGGCUGCAGUGGUGGAGAGACGCUCUGGAUCUGGUCUACAAGGGCCAACCUCCAAACCAACCCGUCGCUCAAGCCCUCGCCAAGGCCGUCGCAGAGGGUGCACUCUCCCGAAUAUGGCUAAAGAGGCUAAUCGACGAGCGGGAGAAGCGGCUGACGGAUGUGCAGUUCGGGACACUCCAUGACCUUGAACAGUAUGCAGAAAACACAGCCGGAUCGCUGAUCAACCUGCAAAUCGAGUCGUUGGGUCUUCGGGAUCUCCACGCCGACCAUGCAGCUUCGCACAUCGGCAAAGCCAUUGGAAUUGUCACGAUGCUUCGAGGAACCCCGUUCCACAUUCAAUCGCGACAAUUCUACUUGCCCUCAGAAGUCACAGCAAAGCACGGCAUUGUAACAGAAGAGCUGUUUCGACAUGGCCCCUCUGACCGGCUCGCUGACGCUGUCUUUGAAAUUGCUACGCUGGCCAACGACCACAUGAUAACGGCGCGCUCCUUUGCAAAGGAAAUCCCGCAUGCGGCCUAUCCCGCGCUGCUGGGGACAGUGACAUGCGAUGUGUACUUGAAGAAGCUCGAGCGGGUCAACUUUAAUCUGUUUGACAAGAGCCUGUUCAAGAAGGACCUGGUGCUUCCCUUCAAGCUCUGGAGAAGCAGUCGCACUGGUGUUUUUUGAUUGGCAAAGUUGUCAGUCGGACCUCUACACUUUAUUCAGAAAAAAAACGGGACAAUAUAGCCGUUUCCAUGAACAUGUAGUAUGUGCUGUGCUUGCGUCA